AUGGGAGUUAUACAGGGAAGCAUAUUGGGUCCAUUGCUAUUCAUUGCCUAUAUCAACGAUCUACCAGAUGAAAUAAAAACAAAUAACCACGACAUCAAUUUUAACACUACUAUUUAUGCUGAUGAUAUAAGUGCUUUUACAAUCGCAAGAAGCCUUCAAAGAGUGACACAUAAUUGUUGUAUUAUUUCAGUUUAUUUUUUCAGUUACACAACUAGCAACGGGAUCACACGGCAGGAAAGUGCAGUUUUAGUCAAUGAUCCGAAUAGUAAGAAUGACGAGGAUCAAAUCAUAAGGAUAACUGGAUAUUAUUCUUACAUCGAUAAUGAUAACAAUAUAUUUUUAGUUGAUUAUGUAGCCGACGAAAAUGGAUAUAACAUCUCGAGAAAAGAACCAUCGUAUCCGGCGCCACCAGUGCGAGGCUAUAGUCAAUCGAAUUCCGAAGAUGUUUAUGAGAGCGAACAACAAAUGGGAAUAUCCUCAGCAGCUUUAGCUUCUCUUGGAGGGUCCUAAAUCUU